UACAAACUUGUUUAGCUGUAUGCUUUGUAUUCAGACUAGGAGCAGCCUGGGAAGAGCGAGUGGACAUAUCAAACAGAGAGAGACCGAGUGAGUGGGAGAGAGAGAACAAGAGAGAGAGAGUGGCUAAAGGGGAGAGGAGGGGUGUGGAGAGGAAGAAAACAGGAAUAUCCUGACUUGGCAAUCCUUCCGCAUUGUGCGUCUCUCUCUCUCCACUAAUGAUCUGUUUCUCUGGACCUGCUGAGAUGAUUCAUCCCCUCUCGGCUGCUGCUUGAACACCACAGACAGACAGACAGCAUGUCACUCCUGCCACCGCAGUGCCUGCUUGAUCUGUCCCAGCCGCUAGAGCCGCAUCCUGCCCGUAGCGUUUACACAGCAGCUGUCCUCAGUUGAGUGAGCGUCUACUGAUUCCACCCAGCGAAAUGCACUGAACUCAACUGGAUCAUGUCUUCUGGGGUUCUUUUGUUGUGCAUCUAAGCUGAGCUGAAUCUGAUGCUUCUAUUUUGGGACUUGUUUUGUGAAUUUCCCAUGAGAAUGCUGAGAGAGUGAACCUGUGAAGAAAUCUUUCUCCCUGUCACGCAAGUCUUAUCGGUUUAUUUACCAGACGUUAAAAAGGUAAACCCCGCACGGCUCUGAAAAGCAUCCUCCUUCUUCAUCUCUCACCCAACCCCCACCAUGGCGAUCUGAUAAUGGACAACACACUUUACAGUACCCGCCGCAGCCAGCUGCUGUGUGCUUUGAGUUGAGUCCAGAGAUCCUUCUGUCUAAGAGAGAGAGAGGGAGGAUGGCUGAGAGUGUGGAGGCGGAGGACUCCUCCGCCGGGCUGGUUGUCCCUCUCGGAUCAGCGUCCCUUACCCACUCCUGCACCGAUCCUAGACGAGCCUCCGAGGAGGCGCUGGAGGGGGCUGCGGCAGGUGGAGAGUGCGGGGAAGAGGGCACCGAGGGAGGCGGGGACAAUUGCGAUGGCGGUCGAGCUGGGCCCCUGGGAUUAUUGGGCUUGGCAGGGACCUGCUGUGUGUGCAUAGAGAUGGAACAGGUGCGCAGUUGCCUGCGCUCGGAGAAGAUCUGCAUCCUCCCCAUCCUGGCCUGCCUGCUCAGCCUGGCCCUGUGCACCGCUGGCCUCAAGUGGGUCUUUGUGGACAAAAUCUUUGAGUAUGAGCCGCCCACCCACCUGGACCCUGAUCGCAUGGAACAAAACCCCUUCAUCAUCAUUUCUGACCCCACACGGGAUCUGCCAGUGUCAUUUCCCUACCCCUCCCCUGUCCCCAUGCCGACGACCACCACCUCAGGACAGCCUGAGGUCAUAGUAGAGGGGAAACCCACUGGAGGACCUGUUAUGCCCCAGUCCCCCAGAGUGACUCAGUACAGCCCUACUACUGCAUUGGUGUACCCCACAGACCCACCCACGCAACCUGGACCCCCUAACACCCCAAAACCAGUGAAAAAGGGAACACCAACCCCCCACACCCAAACUACUGUGGAAUCUAAUGACGUUGUUCUCCCUAAAUUCUCUGCCACCAGCACCACCGCUGUGGUGAAGACCUCCAGCCACAUGACGCGCUGUAGUGACAGCCAGAAAAACUACUGCGUAAACGGAGGGGAGUGCUACACCCUGGACAUCACCCCUGGCAGGUCCAAGUUCCUCUGCAGGUGUCCAAAUGAAUUUACUGGUGAUCGCUGUCAAAACUACGUAAUGGCCAGCUUCUACAAAGCCGAGGAGCUGUAUCAGAAACGUGUAUUAACAAUAACAGGAAUCUGCAUUGCACUCCUAGUGGUUGGAAUCAUGUGUGUGGUUGCCUACUGCAAAACAAAAAAGCAGAGGAAAAAGCUCCAUGAUCUUCUGAGGCAGAGCCUACGAAAUGAGAGAAAUACCAUGGCAAGUAUGGCUAAUGGACCUCCGAUUUAUAACCCUUCACUUGAAAACGUCCAGUUUGGCAAUCAUCAACUCGUGAAGGAAACGGAAAUGUCUUUCUCCACGAGCCAGUACACAUCAUCAGUGCAUCAAUCGACAACGGUCACCCACACCUCCAGUCAAAGCUGGAGCAACUGCCGCAGCGAGAGUGCCUUCUCUCACAGCUGCUCUGUCUUGGUGAUGUCACCAAUGGAGAACAGCCGGCACGCCACGCCCAUCCACCGGGGUCGUUUGGACGCCACGGGCGGCGCCAGAGACCUGAGUGUCUACCUAAAGAACACCCGAGACACGCCAGACUCCUCCAGGGACUCGCCGUUCAGAGACCGGUAUGCAUCAGCAAUGACCACUCCAACGCGCCUGUCUCCUGUGGAGUUGCUCUCUCCCGUGACCCCGCCCUCCCCUCCUUCUGAGAUCUCGGCCCCACAGUCCAGCCUGGCCACCUCAGUCCCCUCGGUGGCAGUCAGCCCCACUGGCGAAGAGGAGGACCCCCUGCUGUUCACCACCACGCUGUGGCCCCGUGACAAGCCGCCGCGCCCCGACCACCACCACAGCCAAUCCAAAAGGAACUGUGCCCACUACAACUAUGGCCAUAAGGCCCACAGCCCCCCGCCCAGCCCGCUGAGGAUUGUCGAGAACGACAACUACGAGACAACGCAGGAGUGCGAGGCGAUCGCCGCCACGGUUGUGGUACCAACCGUUCCCCCGCAAAGCCUCCCUAAAAAACUCACAAACAGCAACAAUGGCCGCUGUGCCAAUAGCACAAAGCCCAAUGGCCACACGGCGGGCCACAAAACGGAGUCCAACGACCGAGUCAGCAGUACGGCGAGGAGCAUCUCGGAGAGCAACACGGAGGAGGACUAUCGCGUGGGAGAGGACACGCCCUUCCUGAGUUUACAGGAUUACAUGGCUGCAGGUGUGGAGCCACUCACAGACAGCUGCAGAACUUACCCAGCACUCCGACUCUCCCCACAGGAUGACCUGCAAGCCAGGUUAUCCUUCAUCAUCGCCAACCAAGAUCCAAUUGCUGUAUAAUGUCAAAAAUGUAAAUAUCGCUUAGAAAAAUACUUAAAACACUUCAAAAAUAAAUAAUAGUCACUACUAAACUUUUAUUUUCUAUAAAUUAAAUAUUUGCACAAAAAAAGAAAGAAAGACAACAUUUAUUUUAGCGAAGUAGUGAAUAAAGUAUUUUAUAAAUAAAUAGAAAUGUGUACAAACAUGCUCAUGUCAUGAAAGAAAGUGCCAUAUACACUACUAUAUACCAAUGGUUCAGAGUAUUUCAAUGGAGAAAAAUAUUAAUGGUGCCUUUAAUUUCCAUUUGAUGUGCUUAAGGGAACUGCAUCAUGACUCUGGUCCAUAUAUUCAUAAUUUUCUUCUCGCUGUUGGCGUUUCAACCUGACCCUUAAAACAAAAGAAUCCACCAGCACUAUGCAUUACCUAUAAUGACCUGUAUGAACUACUCACUGUAAGCUCAAUACAAUGGAAUUCUACUGAAUCUGCGGUGUUGCUUAUGUGUUCAAGUGCAUGUCAUUUCUCCCCAUUUACAUGAAUGCAGUCAUAGUCUACUUACAGAGGUGCAUACAACAAAGUAUUUAGUGUUCACCUAACACAGCACCAAAAUAUUAUACACUAUUUCAAGAUUUCCACACUCACUUUUGGUUGACUCAAAUGGUAAAAUAAAAUUUGAUUAGUAUUUUUUUAUGCUUUCUUGGCCCGUUAGCCAAUAACACAUUAAUUACCAAGUCAAUCACCUGGGAAGAAUAUUGAAUGUGUAAUCUGAUUAACAUGAUUAAAUAUUUGUAUGAACAUAACAAGAUUCAACAACUGAGACACAAACUGAACAAGUUCCACAGACAUGUGACUAAUGACUAAUGUGACUAAUGUGUCCCUGAACAAAGAGGGGUCAAAAUCAAAAGUAACAGUCAGUAUCUGGUGUGGCCACGAGCUACAUUAAGUACUGCAGUGCAUCUCCUCCUCAUGGACUGCACCAGAUUUGCCCGUUCUUGCUGUGAGAUGUUACCCCACUCUUUCACCAAGGCACCUGCAAGUUCCCGGACAUUUCUGGGGGGAAUACCCUAGCCCUCACCCUCCGAUCCAACAGGUCCCAAACGUGCUCAAUGGGAUUGAGGAGGGACAUGUCAGGGUGAGCCUGCAGGAAGGGUACCACAUGAGGGAGGAGGAUGUCUUCCCUGUAACGCACAGCGUUGAUAUUGCCUGCAAUGACAACAAGCUCAGUCCGAUGAUGCUGUGACACACCACCCCAGACCAUGUCGGAUCCUGGCCCUCCAAAUCGAUCCCGCUCCAGUGUACAGGCUUCCUUUGACGAUAAACGAAAAUCUGACCGUCACCCCUGGUGAGACAAAACUGCUACCCGCCAGUAAAGAGCACUUUUUGCCAGUCCUGUCUGGUCCAGCGAUGGUGGGUUUGUGCCCAUAGGCAACAUUGUUGCCGGUGAUGUCUGGUGAAGACCUGCCUUUACAACAGGCCUGCAAGCUCUCAGUCCAGCCUCUCUCAGCUUAUUGUGGACAGUCUGAGCACUGAUGGAGAGAUUGUGCAUUCCUGGUGUAACUUGGGCAGUUGUUGUUGCCAUCCUGUACUUGUCCCGCAGGUGUGAUGUUGGAAUGUACCGACCCUGUGCAGGUGUUGUUACACAUGGUGUGGUAGCAGAAUCAGAAUUAGUUAGGUAACAUUGAUAAAUAAGAUGUUUUAUUUAUAUAAUAAUGCUUAUGUGAGAUAUUUGUCAUUAGAAUGUUUUCUUUUGGAUAAUACUGUUGGCAGUUUGCAGUUAUCCCUUCUCUGCAAAGGCUUAGUAACUAGGGGCCCAGAGAAGGGAGAGGUCAGGCUUGUCUUCUUAUGGGAAUGUGUCUGUAACUAUUGCACGUCCCCUCUGAGGUUGCCAUAUCUUGAUUUAGUAUAUGACCUCUUGUCCAGGAGGGAGUGUCUUUGAUAUGGGAGUAUCUACAAUUGACAAUUGAUAUAUGCCAUUGUGCCAUUGGAUGAGGUAAUGUUUUGGUCCUAAGUGGUACUAAGAACGAGCUAAGAACUUCGUCUAAGAGGGCAAACUGAAUGAUAAUUUAUAGCCAAUGCUGUCUGGCUAUGGGAUACUCCUCUCUAAAGUAAAAUCUUGCUUUGUGAAAUGUUCCUAAGAUAUGUUAUUUGUCAUGUGAGUUUAGAUGGGUGCUAUAAAGGAUCUCAGUUGCCAUUCUGUCAUCCUGUCUCCCUGUAGCGUUGUCUUAGGCGUCUCACAGUACGGACAUUGCAAUUUAUUGCCCUGGCCACAUCUGCAGUCCUCAUGCCUCCUUGUAGCAUACCUAAGGCAUGUUCACACAGAUGAGCAGGGACCCUGGGCAUCUUUCUUUUUGUGUUUUUCAGAGUCAGUAGAAAGGUCUCUUUAUAGUGUCAGCUGUAAGCUGUUAGUGUCUUCACGACCGUUCCGCAGGUGCAUGUUCAUUCAUUGUUUAUGUUUCAUUAAACAAGCAUGGGUAACAGUGUUUAAACCCUUUACAAUGAAGAUCUGUGAAGUUAUUUGGAUUUUUACGAAUUAUCUUUGAAAGACAGGGUCCUGAAAAAGGGACAUUUAUUUUUUUUGCUGAGUUUAGAAGAAUUAAUCAAAUCAAAUAAAAAUAAUUGGGUAAAUUGGGUAACGGUUAGUAUCUUGGGACAUUUACUGAAUGCACUAUGUAUAUCCUUGCCAUUAUUCUGUAUAUUGCGUUCUAUAUAAUAGAUGUAUUUAGUAAUCUCUGGUUAAGCAAUACUCUGUACGAUUCUUGCUCUCACUAUAGCCACAUCUCAUGACUUGCAAGUCCAAAUUGUAGAGAUAUGUACUGAAUGAAUGAUUGAAUAUAUGACUCAGUCUUUCAACAACACAUCUGUGGGUAGUGCAUUCUGGGGAUCAAUGAUAAAGCACCAAUAAGGUACAUAGCGAAAGCUUUUUUAUUUGUUUCAAUUGUGUUUUAGUAUGCUAGUCAAUUUCUGCAUUUUUGUCCUCCUAAACAUUUUGGAUAAUGUAAACAUUUUGGAUGUUACAUUAUCCAAUCUGUUAUUUUGUGUGAAUACAGUAUAUAUUUGUUUUCAGCUGUCUGACUUAGUGUUAUCUCUGUGUAAUAUCAUCAACAUUAACAUAUUUUAUUAUAUAAUAUGUAUGUUAUACCCCAAGGAUACAUUUAGGAGUCAUGCUCGACAGGAACCGCAUGAGAUAUGGGUUGAAUGAGUAUUCACGGCCUGCCGAAGACUGUCACCGAUAAUGUAUCACUAUAAUGAAUAGGUAACUAGACAGAUUUUCUUUACUACAUGAUCACAUCACCAACCCGUAAAUAUUAAUUAUUUCCAAAUGGUAAUUUCCUCAUAAUAAUCGACAGUUCAAUCUGCUUGUCGCCAGCAUUAGCAUGACACUAUGUUAUGAUGGCUUUCCCCCCCUAAAUUAUACGUUUGUAAUGAUGAUGGCCCAAUCUGAAAUGUAUCAACAGAUAUAUAUGUAUUUAUAUUAUUUAUUUUGUGUUUAUUUAUUUUGUGGUCCUUAUUAUUAUUUAUUUUUUUACAGAUGACAUAUUUUAAUCAGCGUUUUAUAUAUUUCUGUCACGACUUCGGCCAAAGUUGGUCCCUCUCCUUCUUCGGGCGGUGUUCGGCGGUUGACGUCACCGGCUUUCUAGACACCACCGAUCCAUGUUUCAUGUUAGUUUUGUCUUGAUUAUUUACACACCUGGUUUCCAUUCCAUUAAUUAUGUUCAUUAUUUAACCCUCUGAUUUCCUUCUCUGUUUUGUGCGUUAUUGUUUGUCAUGUGGGUUCUCGUUGUUCGUGCUUUAGUUUAUUGUAUAUGUUCCUUGUUGGAAUUUUAACAUUUAUUGAGUAAAUCUUGGAUUAUUACUCAGAACUGUGUCCUGCGCCUGACUCUGCAUUUAUUUAAUUUUAACAACGGCCUCACAGAGUAAUGCACCAAUAUUAUGGAGUCAGCGGGUACAGCCAGCCCUCCUCUCCCAAUGGAGGAGUGUGUUCAGCAGCAGGCGACCAUGUUACAGAGUCUCGGUACAGCCAUGGAUCGCGUGCUGCAAACCAUGGACCGAUGGGAGAGAGGGGGUUUUCCACUCCCCCCUUCAGCACACUCCCAGCUCCCACAACAACCGACCCAGAGAUACACUUCCUACAUCAUUAGAAUAAAGUGGGUUUCGACUCUCACUCCUGGGAGCAUAUGAUGGAACGGCUCCCGGGUGCCAGGGUUUCCUUCUCCAGCUGGAGCUCUACCUGGCAGCUGUUCAGCCAGGCCCUUCAUGACGCGAGAGAGUGAGCGCCCUCAUCUCUUGUCUGACUGGAAAAGCACUAGUAUGGGCCAACGCUGUCUGGAGAGAAGAAGGACUGACGUUGGACAAUUACGAAGAUUAAGCCCGGUUUUCGAUCAUCCAACGGAGGGGAGAGCGGUGGGGGAACGCUUGUUGGAAUGAGCAGGCCCUGAUCGACCACUACAGUUGUAGUUUACGUGAGGACGUUCGCAGGGAGUUGGUCGGUGCUGGGGAGGUUCUCCAGGUAAUCGAGGUGGCAGUGGAGCACUGGUGAAUCAUCUCAGGUGAUUAGGAACACACCUCACCCAGAGCUCCCUGUUGCACACGUGGUUGAAUGUUGCCUUUCCUGAGUUGUCCCAGCUUUCCCAGCAUAAGGCGCUAGUAGAUUCAGGUGCAGCUGGGAACUUUAUUGACCUUUGCACUUAGUUUAGGGAAUCCUAUUGUUCCUGUUGAUGUCCCCUUCCCUGUACAUGCCUUAGAUAGUCGUCCAUUGGGGUCAGGGCUAAUCAGGGAGGUCACUAUAAUGAACAAGGAAGUUGGGGCACCAAGGAAAGUAUUCAGAUUACAAAGUUAUAAUUUCCCAAUAUAGUGUAAGGCACCUAGACACCUGCCAAGAGGGAAAUUGCAGCCUCUUCCCGUUCCACAACGACCGUGGUCACACCUAUCGGUGGAUUUCGUGACGCAUUCCACGAUCCUAGUCAUUGUGGAUAGGUUUUCUAAGUCCUGCCUUCUCCUUCCUUUGCCCGGUCUCCCUACGGCUCUAAAUUCUGCGGAGGCCCUGUUCACCCACGUAUUCCGACACUACGGGGUGCCUGAGGAUAUAGUUUCUGAUCGGGGUCCCCAAUUAACAUCUAAAGUCAGUAGGGCAUUUAUGGAGCGCCUGGGGGUCUCGGUUAGCCUCAGCUCAGGUUUUCACCCCAAGAGUAACGGGCAGGUAGAGAGAAUUAACCAGGUUGUGGGUAGGUUUCUGCAGUCCUAUUGCCAGGACCGGCCGGGGGAGUGUUCGGUUUUCAUCCCCUGGGCGGAGAUGGCCCAAAACUCCCUUUGCCACUCUUCCACUAACCUCUCCCCUUUCCAGUGUGUGCUAGGUUAUCAGCCGGUCCUGGUACCUUGGCAUCAGAGCCAGAUCGAGGCUCCUGCGGUGGAUGAAUUGUUUCGACACUCGGAGGCGACAUGGGACGCUGCUCAUGUGCAUUUACAACGGGCCAUCAGGCGACAGAAGGCGAGUGCCGACCGCCACUGCAGUGAGGCGGAUCGGGUCUGGCUCUCGACCCGAAACCUUCCCUGCCGGAAGCUGGGUCCGUGGUUCUUGGGGCCAUUUGAAGUCCUGAGGAGAUUGGACGAGGUUUGAUAUAGGUUACAACUUCCCCUGAUUAUCGUAUUAACCCCUCGUUCCAUGUGUCUCUCUUCAGGCCGGUGGUGGCUGGUCCGCUCCAGCAGUCUGAGGUGCGGGAGGUUCCUCCGCCCCCUCUGGACAUCGAGGGGGCCCCGGCGUAUACUGUGCGAGCCAUCAUGGACUCAAGACGUCGGGCGAGAGGCCUUCAGCACCUCGUGGAGUGGGAGGGGUAUGGUUCGGAGGAGAGAUGCUGGGUGCCGGUGGAGGACAUCCUAGAUCCUUCAUUACUGCAGGAAUUUCACCGCCUCCAUUCGCAUCGUCCUGCGCCUCGUCCUCCAGGUCGUCCCCAAGGCCGGUGUCGGCGCGUUGCUGGA